AUGGCAGGAAUGUCUGGCAACGUAGCUUUGACUUCUUCUAUCAUACAAUAUGUUAUUUUCCUUAUUACCACCGGCGCCAUCCUCCCCAUCAUUAACCGUCUUGGCCGUCGUCCUCUCCUUAUCGGUGGUGCCAUCAUUUGCUGCAUCAUCCACUUCACUACUGGCGCUGUCAUGAAGGUCUAUGGUAACCCUGUUGACAGCGUCAAUGGUGACGAUAACUUGAGAUGGGAGGUCACUGGAGCCCCGGCAAAGGGCGUCAUUUCCCUAUCUUACAUCUUUGUCGGCGUUUACGGUCUUACCUGGGCUCCUAUUGGCUGGAUCUAUGCUUCCGAAGUCUUCCCUCUCAAGUACCGUGCCACUGGCGUCGGUCUGGCCGCGGCCUCCAACUGGGCGUUCAACCUUGCUCUCGCCUUCUUUGUUCCUCCUGCCUUCACCAACAUCCAGUGGAAGACGUACAUGAUCUUUGGAGCUUUUUGCGCUGCCAUGACUAUACACAUCUUCUUCACAUACCCGGAGACUUCUGGCAAAAGUCUUGAGGAAAUCGACGACCUUUUCGACUCCAACAUUCCCGCUUGGCGUACCCGAAGAGCUGGCGGACGCUUUGGAGAUCGGAUCGCCGUUGCUGAAGGUAAGAAGGAGGGCUUCAAUACUUCGCAUGCUGAAAAGGUUGAGGUAUAG